CUUUCGGUUUCAGUCAGUUCAGUCCACUAGUCCAGUCAGUCAGUGAGCGAAGUUGUGUGUGCGAUGAUGACAGACCUGUCUGUUCGGUAGUGUGUUAAUAGGUUGUGUUAUUUAAAAACAAAGUGGAUUUAUUUUAGUGUUUAUAAAUUUUACAAAGAUGAGCAAAAAGGAUAAUUCCUCCCUCCACUCCAGCCACACCUCUGGAUCUGGUGAAGGUGGUCACUUUUCGCAUGAAAGAAAACCUCAUAGUGUUCAAGAUACUUUUAAGGGACUUGACAGUUUGUCAAAUUUAAAAACCAGUGAUUCGUGUUCGUACAAUGACUCCGGUGUCUGGUCCGGAUCUAACAUUCACUCUGAGGAGAUAAACACACCAGAAUCUCCCAUUUCUAAAACCGACAGUUCAAGUUUUGUUACGGACAAAGUUGCUUGUGAUAACAAAAGCUUCAUGAGGUUAGAUAGUGGAAUAGACGUGAGUGUGAGUAAGCAGUUUAGUGAAUUAAGUCUGGAAGUUGAGGAUUCCUAUAACAACCUUAACGACCCUCCAUCGAAAUCAAAAGAUUCUUGUCUGGGAUCGUUGUCAAAUAUCAACAAACAGUUUGUGAACAACCAGCUAUCUGAUGACACCAAUGCUAUUCUGAGGAUACAGGAUGCGGGUUUAGCACAGGAUGACGACAAAGUUCAUAAUCCAACAAUCACAUCUGAUGACACUUCCGCUCUCCAAAGGAUACAAUUGCUGAAAGCUUGCUUUGAGCAGAAUGAAGAUGGAGACACGGAUUUACACCUGGCCAUCUAUCACAAGUUUAUCGAGACGGUGUACGCUCUUGUACGGAUGGUUCCACACCCGGACUUCUUGAACAUAAAAAAUAACGACCGCCAGACCCCGCUCCAUGUGGCAGUGCUGACGAGACAGCCACGGUUGGCACGCCUGCUGGUCUGUGCCGGUGCUGCGCCAGACGUGUUGGACUGUUGUGGUAAUACUGCUCUGCACAUCGCCGUGGCCGCUGAUGAUCUAGAGUGUGUGUUGGCCAUCAUCAAUCCAGUUUCCAACCAGGAGACUGUGUCUGCGCAGCUUCAGUAUCGUCCCUACCACUCCUACAUCCACCGUGAUAUCGCCAACAUCCACAACUACGAUGGUCAAGCUUGCGUACAUUUGGCAGCAAACAAUGAAAACAUCGAGAUUCUACAUAGGCUGGUGUGGAUAGGAGCCGACAUUAAUGCAAAGGAGUGGAAGGGUGGCCAGACAUGUCUACAUUUGGCCGUGGAACGUCGCAACCCACAGCUGUGUCAUUUCCUGGUAGUCGACGCCAAGAUAAACGCAGAACUGCUGAGCUACGCAGGACAGUCUGCGUACCAGACGGCAGGUCAGAUGUGGGACGCUACGAUCAUGAAGGCACUAGAGGACUACGGUGUCGAUACCUACCUCAGCAGUGAUGAAGAGAGUGAUGACGAUAUGUCGGAAGGCAGUUUCGGCGGAUACCAGGUGAACGGUGGAGGCCUAGUGAAUGUUGGGGCCUGACCUGUUGAUACUCUACAGUGAACCAUUCCCUUGACAACCAGUGAGUAGUGCGCUCCCGGGGCGGCUUUCCGAGCAACACGAUAUUGUGGUCUGCUCGUCUACAACUAAGAGUUGACUCGUUUGCUCAACAUACAUUUACAAUCCAACCAACGUGGUUAGGUCAAAGUAAUUCCAUACUUCAAUUAGCUAAUGUUUAACAAGAGUUUGAUGUCAAAAUUCAAGAGAUCCAAGUUUUAAUUUUUGUAUGAUUUUUCUUGUAUGUGUCCAGUUGAUUAUGAAAUCAUGUAUUUUCCGUAUUGCGAAAUUGUUUAUUUUUGUUGUGAAAAUGUAUUGAUGUGUUUUAUGUGAUUUUUUAUGAAUUAUUUUACAAUUGGAAUUUAAGUGCUAUUCUUUAUCUACUUUUUUGUACUAAUUUAUCUUGUUGAUUAUUGUAACAUGCUUUAAUGUAACAAACUUGGAAGUAUUGUAUGUGUAUACUCCAAGAACUAUUGCAAGCUAAACUUCUUUAUAACUGGUCCCAAAUAAUGAAAAAAUUUAACAUUCUGCAGUUUUGACUGAUAUGUACUCUUUUAUAAAGCUAUUAAUAAAAAUAACAAUGUAAUUUUAUAAUUGUUCUAUUGUUAAACAGAAAAUAUUAAUCAAAAUCCAUCCCACUAACAAACAAAAUGAUACUAUUAAAUCUGUGCUGUCUCAUGAUGGAAAAUGUGUAAAAAGUGAAUAAUUCUGUAAAUAGUUAAUACACUGCCUUUUAAUUGUAGUAUUAUAUAUAAUCACAUGUUACAUAAGCUAUGAUAACUAUCUACAAAACAGCUGUUAAGUGCACGGUAUAGUUUGUAUUUUUAUUCGUAUUUAUGAUUACAACUCUUAACACAAACGUGUUAGGGAAAUGUUACAGACAGGAAAGUGAUCGUUAGAAAUGUCUUAGCUUGUAUUUUAUAGAUGAUAAUUGUGUUAGCACGAUGCAUGCAGAAAUGUGCGUGUAAAAUGUUGGAAUGAUUGUUUUAAGCAGAAUGUCGGAUGAAAUGGUUAAGAGAUGUACCUGAAUCUGUUUAAUUUUCUGUCGAAAGUCUGUCACAAUGGUCAACCCUCGGUUAUCAAUGUAGAUAAAAGCUUAUUUAUAUUAGGGUGAUAAAAUUGAACUUAGACUAGAGUGUACUUGUAAACUAAAUAAUUUAAAAGACAAAAUUACUUUUCUUCUAAGUUGUACAUAGUGAACGUUGUAUUAUUUCUUAUGUUUAACGCAUAUUUGCAACCUAACUGUAUUUAGCCAGAUUUGGAUUGACCUCUAGUCUUUUUGACGAGAUGAUUGGUAUUUAUUUAAACUAUGAUUUGUCGGAUUCAAGCUGUAAAUUCCUAUUUGUUCGUAACUUAUGUUAGUAUUCAGUUCUAGUUUAUUUUAUUAACACUUAUGAAUAAAAUUUGUUAUAUGUUAAAAUA